AUGCCUGGAAUUGUUAUGGAUGGAAUUAAUGAGGAAGGUGUAGUGAAUGAAAUGAAUGGAAACUCAGUGUUGAUCAAGGAAAAUUCUGUGCCUAAUAAGUCCCCGAGGAGUACUUCGAGUCCGCACAGCCCUCGCAGUGCUGGCCUGGAUCCUCCUGUUGAUGGAGUUGUUGUUCAUGGUGUGGCUGUUGAUGAGGUGGUUGUUGAUGGGAUGGUUGACACCUCCAUUGAUCAGCUUUAUGAGAAUGUGUGUGAUAUGCAGAGUUCUGAUCGAUCCCCCUCAAGGCAUAGCUUUGGAUCUGAUGGUGAAGAGUCUAGGAUUGAUUCAGAGUUGCGCCAUCUGGUAGGAGGAGAGAUGAGAGAGGUUGAGAUCAUAGAAGAGGAAGAGGUGGAUAAGCCAGAGCAUGACACUCAUAGCAACUCUUCUUCUAAGAAGGGAAGUUCAUCAGGAAGCAAGAAGUCGGGGAAACUGGACAAGAUCAAAUCUGCAAGCACCAAGUCUGCUUCUUCAAGCCCCUCCAAGAAGCAAUUGUACUCAGAAGCAUCAUCAAAGUUGAGUCCUAAGGAAAAAAGUCCAGAUAAACCCCCUAUUGAUAAACGGAAUGAUAGGAAUUUGAAAAAAGGAAAUGUGGGAAUCAGAUUAAUGAAGAAACGGAGGAAUUCUCCACUGGGCGGUGUGAAUGUAUCGAAUGGAACCAAGGAUGAAUCGGCGUUAGAUAAUCCAGAUCUUGGACGGUUUUUGCUAAAGCAAGCAAGGGAUUUGGUUUCUUCAGGGGAUAAUCCCCAGAAAGCUCUUGAAUUAGCUCUUCGAGCAGCUAAAUCAUUUGAAAUGUGUGCAAAUGGUAAGCCCAGUUUAGAAUUGGUCAUGUGUUUGCAUGUCACAGCAGCGAUACACUGCAGCCUAGGCCAGUAUAGCGAGGCCAUUCCCAUCCUUGAGCAUUCAAUUGAGAUUCCGGUGCCUGAGGAAGGCCAAGAGCAUGCCCUAGCCAAGUUUGCUGGUUAUAUGCAGUUAGGUGAUACUUAUGCUAUGCUGGGCCAGCUUGAGAAUUCAACAAAUUGCUACUCGACAGGAGUGGAAGUGCAGAAAGAAGUUCUGGGAGAAACUGACCCUAGAGUCGGCGAGACUUGUAGAUAUUUGGCUGAGGCUCAUGUUCAAGCAUUGCAGUUUGAUGAUGCUCAGAGGGUUUGUCAAAUGGCUCUAGACAUUCACAGAGAGAACGGUUCUCCUGCUUCUCUUGAAGAGGCAGUAGAUCGACGGCUUAUGGGUCUUAUAUGUGAAACAAAGGGAGAUCACGAGGCUGCUCUUGAGCAUCUUGUGUUAGCCAGUAUGGCCAUGGUGGCGAAUGGCCAGGAAGCUGAAGUUGCCUCUAUUGAUUGUAGCAUUGGAGAUGCAUACUUAUCUUUGUCCAGGUAUGACGAGGCUAUUUUUGCUUAUCAAAAAGCACUCACAGCUUUUAAGACAACAAAAGGAGAGAAUCAUCCAUCUGUUGCUUCAGUGUUCGUUCGUUUGGCUGAUUUAUAUAACAAAACUGGGAAAUUGAGGGACUCUAACUCAUAUUGUGAGAAUGCCCUUAGGAUUUAUGAAAAGCCCCUUCCAGGGAUCCCCCCGAAGAGAUCGCUAGUGGUCUAA